AAUAAGAAUUCCUUUUUCUCCCACUUUACGUUUUCCUCUGAUACUCUCUCUUUCACGUGUGGGUGUGGCUUUGCUCUAACAGCAUUCAUCUAUCUUGAGGCUCCGAUUCACCACAGGCCCUGAUUUUUGAAUCGCUCCAGAAUUUGAAGUUUCCCAUUUGUUUUUUUUUUUUUGUUUUUUGUUUUUUGUUUUUGGGGUUUUGAUUCGGCGUUUUCAAGAUCAUGAGGUGGUACAGAAGGGGAAAGCUCGCUCUCGAUCAUUUUCACAGCUUGGCUUCGAGGGUUGCGCCUCAAAAACCAAUUUUUCAGCGUAGUUCGAGGAUUUGCCCAUCUGGGUAUGUGGAUUCAGGUUCAAAGGGAGCUAGCUUUAAUGGGUUCUCUACGUUUUGUUCAAUUUCUAAGAGAUUAGGCAUACAAGGUGUUGUUGGAGUUACCAGGAACCAUCGCAACCCAUCUCUUUGUGGGGCUAAGAGAUUUUACUAUGUGGAUCCUCAAAAUGUGCACCAUUUCAAGCCAAGAGGGCCAAAGCGUUGGUUUCAGAAUCCUAGGCAUGUUUUCAUUGUUGUGAUGGUUGGUUCAGGGGUUUUUGUCACUGUGUAUUUUGGGAACUUGGAAACAGUUCCUUACACCAAGCGAACCCAUUUGAUUCUGUUGUCGAAAGCCAUGGAGAGGAAGGUUGGGGAGAGCCAGUUUGAGAAGAUGAAGGUUGCUUUUAAGGGGAAGAUAUUGCCUCCUAUACAUCCUGAAAGUGUGAGGGUGACCAUGAUAGCGAAGGAUAUAAUCGAUGCAUUGCAGAGAGGGUUGAGAAAGGAGCAGGUUUGGAGUGAUUUGGGGUAUGCAUCGGAGAACGUUGGGCUGGUCGAAGGAGAUGGAAGGGAGACACUGAAUGCAUUGGCUGGGAGUGAACAGAAGCUUGAAGGGAUUUGGCACAAGGAGGAUGAGAUUCUUGAUGACAAAUGGGUUCAGCAAAGCAGGAAAAAGGGUCAGGAAAGAGGGUCACAGGCUGCUACAUCGCACUUGGAUGGAUUGAAUUGGGAAAUUUUGGUGGUAAAUGAGCCUGUUAUUAAUGCCUGCUGCUUACCUGGUGGGAAGAUAGUUGUGUUCACUGGUUUGUUAGAGCAUUUCAAUAGUGAUGCAGAGAUAGCAACUAUUAUUGGACAUGAGGUUGGGCAUGCUGUGGCAAGACACAGUGCAGAGGGGAUUACAAAGAACUUGUGGUUCGCAAUUCUACAGUUGAUACUUUAUCAAUUUGUCACACCUGAUAUUGUCAACACAAUGUCAUCCCUUUUCUUGCACCUACCUUUCUCCCGGAGGAUGGAAUUAGAAGCUGAUUACAUUGGGCUGCUGUUAAUUGCAUCAGCUGGCUAUGAUCCCCGGGUGGCACCCAAAGUGUAUGAGAAAUUGGGAAAAAUCUCAGGUGAUUCUACCCUUAGGGAUUAUCUCUCUACUCAUCCUUCUGGAAGAAAAAGAGCAGAAUUGCUGGCCCAAGCUAAGAUAAUGGAAGAAGCAUUUACUAUAUAUAAAGAUGUAAGAGCCGGACGUGGGGUUGAAGGUUUUCUUUAGGAUUUCACGAUCACCACUAGUAACUUUUUGUUACUUAAAUGGAAGAUUUUAGUUAAUAUAAGCUUCAAUGGGAGAUUUUGUUUGAUAUAAAAGCAUGUACGUUUGUGAAAAAAAAGAAAAAACUGCUC